UAUAUCACGUCCUUCGUGACCUGGGCUGUGGCCCCUCUAGAGCAGGAUGUAUAUAAGCGAGGAGAAGAUGCCUUGAGGCAGACACAGGUCCUCCGCCGCGGCGCCAACAUCGUCCAGCGUCUGACACCCAUCUCCUUGCUGCCUACCUGAGAAGUGUACAAGGCCCUGAAGAUGGCGCCACCACCGUUCAUCCUGGUGCUGGCGUUGGUGGUGAUGGCAGCGGCGCCUCUCGUGGCACAAGGUUUUGAUUAUGAUCUGGGGCUAUCAUCAUGCUUCCAAGGCGGCAGGUUAGUCCCUCACGGCACCGUGUUGCUUGGCAUUCCUCACAAGUGUAUGAGGAUUGUCUGCAACAAAGGCUCUGCUGUGCCCCGUUUUGUCGGCGACGUGAAGGCUUCUGGCUGUUGUGAGUUCCGAUUGAACAUCUACCAGCCGGGCCUAGUAUAUCCUGCUGGCUGCGCCAAGAUGACUUGUGAGGGCGGCAACUGGAAGCCCACGGGAGAGAUUGAGACACAUUGUUCGCAGUGCGAGGUCUUCGACGACCCCCACUUCUGGAGCUACGACCGUCACAGGUUCGACUACCACGGAGACUGCAAAUACGCCAUCUCCCAGAAAGGGAACAGCCUUAAUCCUGAUUACGGCAUCUUCGCACAGUUCCAGCGCUGCUACAACAUGCCCUCUUGCGUCCAAAAGACCACCUUCAAAGACAACCGGGAGCUUGAGAUUGAGAUAGGAGAAUGGGGACUCGCUUCUCCAGGCAUUUUCAAGAUUCGUGUAAACGGUGAAGAGAUUGAGGUGCCAGCGGGUCCCUACGCCCACAGGGUGACCUCUGGAGGAGUCACGCACGAUGUCCUUGUCUGGCGCCAGGGAGAAUGUCUCAGGAUUCUGGGCUCUCAAGGUCUUGUGCUCCAGCACUGCAAGAAUCGCUUCGACGUGUGGGCCAACCCUAAUCUACAUUCUGAGCUUCGCGGCUUGUGUGGUAUUCCGGACAAGAACACUGGCAACGACUUCACUACUAGGAACAACGUGCCGUACAACCCUACGCUCAACCCCCCUGCCGUGUUCGCCGAGUCCUGGAAGACACCGGACCAGACCAACCCCGCCUGCACAGCCGCCGGGAGACGCAGGAGAUCCAUCAACAAGGAGUCUCAAGCAACGUUCAAACAAUGCCAGCACGACAAUGUUUCAUGGAAGAGAAUGUUGGCACUGUGCCAGCAGACUGUUGGUGGGGCAAAAUCCAAUGGCCAGGGUGCCUCUGGGGAGCUCAGCCAGGUGCUUGUGGAUUCGUGCGCCUUUGACCUGUGUAUGAUCAGCAAAGGCUCGCCAGACCCGGAGAAGGACACUGAGAAGUGGCUGGGUGAGGUGAAGGUCAUGGCUCAGGAGCGAGUCUUCAUUGAGACUAUGGUUGCGGAGUGUGACCGGGAGAAGGGUCAGUGUGAGAACCUGCCCAAGGAGGUCGUAACGACACCCAACCCCUGUACGAAUACCCUCGACUUGAUCUUUAAUCCGGAAUGUUUGGGACGGCAGCCAAUUCGGCACUUCCUCCACAAUUAAAACCACCACUUCUUCCUGCAGAGACGGAUGAGCUAUUGACGGACCACAUGGCGUCGGGAAGCUCGCAAGUGUGAAGACCGAAGAGAUGCUGUAAUAUUGGGAUACAAGCCCCUGUAAUAUUAGACUAAAGACCCGUAAGGUGCUGUAAUAUUGGGAUACAAGCCAAUUCAUUGCUGUAAUAUUAGGAUACAAGCCCACAAGGUGGUGUAGUAUUAGGAUACAAGUCCAUGAGAUGCUGUAAUAUUAGGAUACAGAUCUAUAAGGUACUGUACUAUUAGUAUAUAGACAUAUGAGUUACUGUAGAAUUAGUUUGCAGGCCCAUGGAGGGUUGAACUCUUAGAACACAUGUUAGUGGGGUGAUGUGUAGUAAUGGUACAUAUCCCUCAUUAGCACAUAUAAUCAAGUGCAGCCUCCAGCCUGUGUGCUUCUGAAAAAGUACUGUUUAAGUGCCCUAACUAACCUAACAUUACCUAACCUAAUCUAAAGUGUAAAUGCACAUGUCAGCAUCAUAUUAGCGGAGAGCGCAUUCGUGUUGCAAUUGUUUUCGUUAUAUAGUCAGCAAUUUAAUGUGAAAGUUUAAAUACUUUUGUUCAAUAAAGUUAGAUAUUUACUCUUAAUAUCAGGCUGCAAGAUUGUCACCUAAUAAUGUUUAUAUACAGUUAUAAGGGAAGUUUCUCUUUCUGUAAAAUGCAAUUUGAAAACUU